GUCUUUGUCUCUCUCUAGACUGAUCUAAUAAAUCCCACAAUACUCUUUGGUUCUAAAGUAACUCUUCCUGAAAUUUCACAAAAGUUCCUUCGUCUUUCUUCCUUCUGUUUAACAUCAAAUUACGAAAAUGCCCCUCAUUCAACGGAAAAAGCCUCCGUCUUCUCCAUCGGAGGACCUGCCCGACGACGACGACGACGAUCCCCAGAAGAAAUCUCAUCAUCACAAGAAAUCCAACGGAGGAGCCGACAAGGCGAAGUGGUCGUGCGUGGAUUCCUGUUGCUGGUUCAUCGGGUGCGUGUGCGUCACGUGGUGGUUCCUCUUGUUCCUCUACAACGCUAUGCCCGCGAGCUUUCCUCAGUACGUGACGGAGGCGAUCACGGGUCCUUUGCCUGACCCGCCAGGCGUGAAGCUGAAGAAAGAAGGUCUCAAGGCGAUGCAUCCUGUUAUCUUUAUUCCCGGGAUUGUCACUGGAGGGCUUGAGCUUUGGGAAGGCAAACAGUGCGCUGAUGGUUUGUUUAGGAAGCGCUUGUGGGGUGGAACUUUCGGUGAAGUCUAUAAGAGGCCUCUAUGUUGGGUGGAACACAUGUCACUUGACAACGAAACCGGCCUGGAUCCUGCUGGUAUUAGAACUAGAGCGGUAUCAGGACUCGUGGCUGCUGAUUACUUUGCUCCUGGCUACUUUGUCUGGGCAGUGCUCAUUGCUAACCUUGCACAUAUCGGAUACGAAGAGAAGAACAUGUACAUGGCUGCAUAUGACUGGAGGCUCUCGUUUCAGAACACAGAGGUGCGUGACCAGACGCUUAGCCGUAUGAAAAGCAAUAUAGAGCUGAUGGUUUCCACCAACGGUGGAAAAAAAGCAGUUAUAGUUCCUCAUUCGAUGGGAGUCUUGUACUUUCUACAUUUUAUGAAAUGGGUUGAGGCACCAGCUCCUAUGGGCGGCGGCGGUGGGCCUGACUGGUGUGCCAAGCAUAUAAAAGCGGUGAUGAACAUUGGUGGACCGUUUCUUGGUGUUCCAAAAGCUGUUGCAGGCCUCUUCUCUGCUGAAGCCAAGGAUGUUGCCGUUGCCAGAGCGAUUGCGCCAGGGUUCUUAGACACGGAUAUAUUCAGACUACAGACGCUGCAGCAUGUAAUGAGAAUGACACGCACAUGGGACUCAACGAUGUCUAUGAUACCUAAAGGAGGUGACACGAUAUGGGGUGGUCUUGAUUGGUCUCCGGAGCAAGGCUACACUUGCUCUGGUAAAAAGCAAAAGAGCAACGAGACUCGCGGUGAAGAAAGUGAGAGUUUAGUUACCAAGACGAAGCCUGUCAACUACGGAAGAAUCAUAUCGUUUGGGAAAGACGUGGCAGAGGCUCAUCCAUCUGAGAUUAAAAACAUUGAUUUUCGAGGUGCUGUGAAAGGUCAGAGUAUCCCAAACAACACGUGCCGUGACGUGUGGACAGAGUACCAUGAUAUGGGAAUUGGAGGGAUCAAAGCUAUUGCUGAGUAUAAGGUCUACACUGCUGAUGCGGUUAUAGAUUUGUUACAUUAUGUUGCUCCUAAGAUGAUGGCGCGUGGUUCAGCUCAUUUCUCAUACGGUAUUGCGGAUGAUUUAGAUGACCCCAAGUACGAGCAUCCUAGACACUGGUCUAAUCCGUUGGAAACAAAAUUACCCAAUGCCCCUGAAAUGGAGAUCUACUCAUUGUACGGAGUUGGGAUACCGACAGAAAGAUCGUACAUCUACAAGCUUAACCUGUCUCCUGACAGCUGCAUCCCCUUUCAGAUCUACACUUCUGCUCACGAGGAGGACGAAAACAGCUGUCUGAAAGCUGGAGUUUACAACGUGGAUGGGGAUGAAACGGUACCGGUCCUCAGUGCCGGGUUCAUGUGUGCUAAAGCUUGGCGUGGCAAGACAAGAUUCAACCCUUCGGGAAUCAAGACUUACGUUAGAGAGUACAACCACUCUCCACCUGCCAACCUGCUCGAAGGUCGCGGGACCCAGAGUGGGGCCCAUGUUGAUAUCAUGGGAAACUUUGCGUUGAUAGAGGAUAUCAUGAGGGUUGCCGCAGGAGGUAACGGGUCGGAUCUAGGAGACGACCAGGUCCACUCUGGUAUAUUUGAAUGGUCAGAGCGUAUUGACCUGAAGCUGUGAAUAUAUUUGAUCUAUUUGAGGCUGCCAGCUUUUGUGAACUUAUUGCUUCCACGCAGGGAGAGAUCAUCAUCAUCAUCAUCAUCAUCAUCAUGAUGUCCGAGUCACAAGAAGCCUCUGAAAAUGAUAUGUGUGGUGGUGCAAUAUUCUCAGUACCCUUCAUUUAAAUAUAUAUUCUUAUUGGGGGAUGUAAACUAUUAUACCAUCCUGUUUAUGUUUGUGUUCUUGGAACGAUAGUGCAAGGCUUGCUGCGUCAUGUCUGUUUGUCUUGUCGAAAGCAUCAAUUUGUAUUGGUUCUACAUAGCUUCAACUUGUAUUGGUUUUACGCUUAGAUAAUGAUUCAAACUAGGAUAAUGUAGAACUUAUGUUA